GGUAAUUUGAUCACCAUUUACAUGUUCGUUACUCACACUUUUGGGAUUCCCAAAAGCGCCAAUCAGCCUAACAGUGGUCUUUAGAUGAACAGUCCUCAUAAAAAAGAACACCCAGAGAGUGAGACCCCUCUUAAGAUUUCACAGAGUGAAUUUCCUUUCUGUUCAAAUACUGAGAUCAAAAAAUUCAAAGACCAAAUGAUAAAGAAAAAGGAAUCUGAAAUUAAGGAAAAAUUUGAUGAACUUGAAGAUGAAAAGAAUUCUAACAAUUGUUCAUCCAAACCUAGCCCAUAUCGUUACAGGAAAGAUGUCUGUUACAAGUUUAUUUUAAGAAAAUUCAAAAAUUACUACACAAAAGACUUCACAGAAGCUACCAACUUUACUUCAAAGCAUAAGAACAGAGAUGAAAGAGUAAGAUCGCUAAAGUUAUGCAUGCUGAAUUAUUGAGGUAUGAGAGGGCUACUAGAGAGGAGCGCAGAGUUCCCCUUCCUACUCAGCUCCUUCCUCUUCCCUAAGUACUCAAGAGAGAUCAUUGAUUCGAUGAUUGAGGAAAGCAGCGAUCCUAACAUAAAGGAGAAAUUAGAGUUGUUGAAGAAGAUCAUUGAUCUUCUCAAGAAUUUAGUUAAGAAUUAUUCGGAAAUCAAACUGAAGAAAGUGGUCCGCAUCCCUGAAAUACGAUAUCUUUUAUUAAACUUUAUAAGAAGAGCAAGGCAAGGCGAGAUAGAAAUCAGCGGAAUGAUAAAGGAAGACCCAGAAAAAGAUAGAGAAUACCUUAAGAAAAUAAUCAAAAACUUUUAUGAAAGUGUCGACAGCCAAGUUCAAAGUAUCAGAAAUUCAAACUGAAUGGAUCAUAGUGAUUAA